CAAAUCUUUCCCAUUUCUCUGCUUCAGUACUAUACACCGCCUACUUAUCCAUCUUUAAUUUUCCUCUUCUUUUAUUUCAUUUCCAGUCUCUAUUAGUUUAUUUAGUUAUUACAGAAGUUUGAAUGUAUCCUGCAAACUUUGUUUUCGUUGUAGAGAUUUAGGCAUUCAACUUUUCUCGUGUGUUUUAUUUCAUUUUUCCUUCGAAUUCAUAUCAAAGAAAAUGGAAGACCAGUUUGAUCAUAAUCCGGAAAGCGUGGCUCCAUCAUACAGAGGAGUGCGCAAAAGAAAAUGGGGCAAAUGGGUAUCCGAAAUCCGGGAACCCGGGAAGAAAACACGAAUAUGGCUGGGGAGCUACGAAACUCCUGAGAUGGCAGCGGCAGCUUACGAUGUGGCUGCGUUGCACCUCCGAGGACGGGCUGCUCGCCUUAACUUUCCAGAGUUGAUCGACAGUCUUCCAAGGCCAACAGGCUCCAGCCCGGAGGAUGUUCAGAUGGCAGCGCAGCAAGGAGCGUUGAUGUUCAGAAGACCGGCGAAGAGUACUGCGGAGACAAAUGUGGCAAGCGGUAGUGUAGGGCCGAUUAGGGUGGGGCUGUCGCCGAGUCAAAUUGAGGCGAUUAAUGAGUUUCCGUUGGAUUCUCCGAAGAUGUGGAUGGAGCUGAUGGUGGGCGACGAGCAAAUGGCUUAUGGCGGCAACAGUUCUGUGCAUUGGAGUGACUCGGAAGAAAUGAUCGUUGAGUCCAUUUGGGAUUAUUAAUUAAGAUGUCUUAAUUAAUAAUGAGAAAAUAAAAGUGUUAGUCUAUGCCGACUAAAAAAAGGUUGUACUACAGUAGUAGUUCCUAAUGCUAAAACUAUGUAUUUUUAAAAAUUAUCUAAUUCCCUCUUAAAUUUUUGAGUGAGGGUUAAUUAAAAGGUGUUUAUCAA